CAACAGUGUUUUACUCACAGACGGUCGCCAUGAAACUGUAUCUGUGUGUCGUGUUGCUGUCUUUUCUGCCAUGGACCAUCUGCGGGGAAAAAAUACUGGUGUGGUACACUGAAGGAAGCCACUGGAUCAACAUGAAGCCGGUGCUGGAGGAGCUGGUCCAUCGGGGGCACCAGGUAACAGUCCUGACUCCAAGCACGUCCAUGUUUAUGAACACAAGCGAGCAGGCACUUUUCGACUAUGAGCCCUUUCCAGUUGAGGUGUCACAGAAAGAAAUGGAGGAAAUAAUGGAGAAGCAUCUGCAUUUCGCCAUAUACGAGAUGGACCAUAUGAACGUCCUGCAGAUUUACAUGAAAGUUAUUGAACUCAUGGAAACUAGCAUGAAUGUUUCGUUGACAUUAUUGGACGGAGUGGUGAAAUCAGACACACUAAUGAACAAACUGAAAGCAGGCAAAUAUGACCUCUUGUUUUCUGACCCCAUCUACCCAGGGAGUGACUUGGUUGCAGAUAUUUUGGGGAUACCGCUGGUCUUCUCUCUUCGGUUUUCUUUGGCCAAUAAUUGGGAAAGGCACUGUGGCCAGGUUCCUGCUCCACCCUCUUUUGUCCCAGGAGCCAUGAGUAAACUGACAGACAAGAUGAGCUUUUCAGAGCGAGUGUUUAACAUUCUCUUCUAUGCAUUGAAUGAUGCUGUUGCAGAAUUUUCCAUUUGGUCAAAAUUAGAUGAAUAUUAUACUGACAUCAAGGGGAAACCAACUAGUGCUUGUGAACUCACGGGCAAAGCAGACAUCUGGCUCAUGAGAACUUACUGGGAUUUUAAUUCUCCACAUCCUUUCCUUCCCAACUUUAAAUAUGUGGGUGGGAUUCACUGCAGACCCGCUAAGCCCUUACCCAAGGAUAUAGAAGAAUUUGUGGAGAGCUCUGGAGAUGCCGGAAUUGUCGUCUUUACGCUCGGAUCCAUGAUCAACAACCUGACUGCAGAAAAGGCAAACAUGAUUGCUUCAGGCCUCGCUCAGAUACCACAGAAGGUGCUUUGGAGGUACAGUGGAGAGAAACCUCAAAGUCUGGGUGCCAACACAAGAAUUUACAACUGGAUCCCACAGAAUGACCUACUUGGUCAUUCCAAGACCAAAGCAUUCAUCACUCAUGGGGGCACAAAUGGCAUCUAUGAGGCCAUCUACCACGGUGUCCCUAUGGUGGGUCUCCCAAUGUUUGCUGACCAACCAGAAAACAUGGUCCAUAUGAGAGAAAAGGGAGCUGCAAUUUCUUUGGACUUUAAUUUUAUAACAUCAGAGGAUCUACGAGAUGCCGUCAACACUGUAAUCACCGACAAAUCUUAUAAAGCCAACGCCAUGCGCCUGUCAGCUAUCCACCAUGACAGACCAAUAAGUCCUCUGGAUGAAGCUGUAUUCUGGGUUGAGUUUACGAUGAGACACAAAGGGGCCAAGCAUCUGAGAGUGGAAGCUCAUAACCUUACCUGGUACCAGUACCACUGUCUGGACGUGGUCGCUUUCCUUUUGUCAGUGACUCUGCUUCUCCUUUAUCUUUUACUCAAGACUUGCAAGUUUUGUUUGCAGAAAUGCUGUGGCAGAAAAGACCGUAAAACAAAAGCAGAAUAAUUUGUAAUGCACUCUCUAAAGUUUAACCAUCUUGUGUUAUGAUUUUGGUGUACAUAUUUUUUAGUGGAGCAUUAAAGUAUAUAUUAAAGUCACAAGCGAUCCCAGAAAACCUGUAUAGAAAAUGUGCAUGCACUGGUGAACCAUUCUUAAAAUUUCUUUAGCCUUCAAUAUAAUGCAGAUCCAUACCUUG